CGCUCCUCCUCUCUCCACCAUUUUCUCUUCUUACAAGCCUUCCACAGAGACGACUUUCCCGUGAUUAUCUCCGAUCCUCUGGGUUCUCAGUGUUUAUAAACAGGACAGGAUGAGUAAAGUUAAUAGUGAGGAAUCUUCUAGUAACAAUAAAUUGUUGAAGGAGGUAGAGAAGAUAGGUGAAGCUUUGUAUGUGAACAAGAAUCCUAGGAGCUCAGUGUCUGGUCCUAAUAACACUUCAACAAAGCCAGAGAAGGAAAAGAAAUCUUUUUGGAAUUGGCCUCUCAGAGCUCUUUCUCAUGUCCGAAACCGCAGAUUCAACUGUUGUUUUUUUGCUCAAGUCCAUUCUAUAGACGGGUUGCCGCCGAUAUUCCAGGAUCUUUACCUCACUGUUCAUUGGAAACGUCGUGAUGAAUCUUUAACCACUCGUCCUGCAAAAGUUUUGAAUGGAAGAGCUGAGUUUAAAGAGGAUAAUCUGACGCAUACAUGCUCAGUCUAUGGAAGCCGAAGUGGACAGCAUCACUCAGCUAAGUAUGAAGCUAAGCAUUUCUUGUUGUAUGCUUCUCUGGUUGGGUCUCCUGAGGUUGAUUUGGGUAAACAUCGGAUGGAUCUUACGAGAUUGCUUCCUUUGACACUUGAGGAGUUGCAGGAUGAGAAGAGUACUGGUAAGUGGUCAACAACGUUUCAGUUGAGUGGAAAGGCUAGUGGUGCUACUCUUAGCGUGAGUUUUGGUUACACCGUUGUUGGGGAUACUCGUAACCCUGCAAAACAAACUAGCAAUAACACUGCGUUGACAAGGACUACUAGUACAAAGUCUAGUUUUGGGAAUGGUAAGUCUUUAUCUCGGCGUUAUGACUCUCAUCCUCUGUCCCAGAAUGUGGAGGAAAUAAAAGAUCUUCAUGAAGUUGUUCCCGAUGCAAAAUCUGAUUUGGCCAGUUCUGUAAACAUUCUGUAUCAGAAAUUUGAUGAGGAGAAGGUGGAUCCAGCAGUUGAGUCUCAGUUUAUCACUAAACACAAUAUACCUGUUGAGUCAAUUUCUAGUGAAAAUGAAGAUGCAAAUGAGCGUUUGGUAAACAGGAAUGAAACUGAUGUUCCUUUAGAGGAUGUAAAGAAGGCUGACGAAGUUCCUAGAAUUGAGAAAGUUGGUACUGAAAAUUUGCCUCCAGAAGAACCUUUGGUCAAUAGGAAUGAAACAAAUGUUCCUUUUGAGGACUCAAAGAUAGUUGGUGAAGUUUCUGUUACUAGAAGUGAGGAAGUUGUUGAGAUUGGUACAGAAAAUUUGCCCGCAGAGGAAAGUAUUGUUCCUACGGAUGAUGAAGAGGUAAUGAACGGUGGGAGAGACGUGAAAGAAAUGAUAAUGAAAGAUCUUGAAUCAGCUUUGAAAAAUGUAGAAAUGUUGGAAGCAACGGACGACGAGGAAGAUCAAGAAAACCUUGGAGGCUCAGAAACAUGUUUUAGAACACCAAAUAAGGAAGCAGCAGCGUCAUUAAGUUCGAGAGAUGUGGCAAGCGAGUUCUUAGACAUGCUAGGUAUUGAACACAGCCCUUUUGGUUUUAGUUCUGAGAGUGAACCUGAGUCCCCAAGGGGGCGCCUGUUAAGAGAGUUUGAAAUGGAAACUCUAGGAGCCGGUUCUUUGUUUGAUUUCACUACUGAAGCUGAUGAUCCCCAAAGAGAAUGUGAAUCAGAUUUUGAAGAAGGUUUCGAUUUGGCAUCCCUAGUUCAUGAUAUAGAGGAAGAGUACCAGUUGGAAACUCAAGCAAGAGUCAGCAACCCGAGGGCCAAAAUGUUGGAAGACUUGGAAACAGAAUCUCUUAUGCGUGAGUGGGGUAUGAAUGAAAACACAUUCCAGAACUCUCCACCUCACAAUGGUUGUAAUACGUUUCCUCCAGCACAGGAGCCAUUUGAUUUGCCUCCUUUAGGAGAUGGCCUUGGUUCAGUUGUGCAGACAAAGAACGGAGGGUUCUUGCGUUCAAUGAAUCCCUUACUGUUCAAAAACUCUAAAGCUGGGGGCAGCUUGAUCAUGCAAGUGUCAAGUCCAGUAGUAGUGCCUGCUGAGAUGGGCUCUGGUAUCAUGGAGAUCCUUCAGAAACUAGCCACUGCUGGAAUUGAGAAGCUCUCAAUGCAAGCAAGUAAAGUAAUGCCUUUGGAUGAUAUAACAGGGAAAACUAUGGAAGAGUUGUUGUGCGAAGCUUCACCUGCAAUUGACGGUGAGCACAAGGAUCAUAAUAUAUCACAGCAUGAAUCUGCAGCUAAGGGAAAAAAGUUUGGUUCAAGAUCUAGCAACAGUAACUCUGGCUCAGAGUAUGUAUCUCUUGAAGAUCUUGCUCCUUUGGCUAUGGACCAGAUUGAAGCAUUGUCUUUGGAAGGGUUGAGAAUACAAUCAGGAGUGUCAGAUGAGGAAGCACCCUCGGAGAUCACUGCACAGUCUAUUGGAGAGAUCUCAGCCUUCCAGGGGAAAAGCGGGUGUGUUGGUCUAGAAGGAGCUGCCGGGUUACAACUUCUGGACAUUAAAGAUGAUGGAGAUGACGAUGAUGAUGGAUUAAUGAGUCUCUCCUUGACUCUUGAUGAGUGGAUGAAGUUGGAUUCAGGUGACAUAGGCGAGGGAGAUGAAAUAAAUGAGCAAACGUCAAAAAUCUUGGCUGCACAUCAUGCAAACCCACUAAACUUUAUCCGCAAAGGAGAGAAAAGAAAGGGAAAGAAAAAUAGGAGAUGUGGUUUACUUGGGAAUAACUUCACAGUAGCACUAAUGGUUCAACUCCGAGAUCCGUUGAGAAACUAUGAGCCAGUUGGUGCUCCUAUGCUUUCCCUUAUCCAAGUUGAGAGAUUGUUUGUCCCUCCAAAGCCCAUAAUUUACAGUACAGUUUCAGAGCUGAGGAAAACCGAUGAAGAGGAAAAAGAAACUGAGACCAGUGAAGCCAUCAAAGAAGAGAAAACCGUUUUGGAGGAACAAGGAAUCCCUCAGUACAAGAUCUCAGAGGUACAUCUUACUGGUAUGAAGAGCGAGACCGAUAACAAGAGUCAGCAUCGGCAAUUGCAGUCUGGUUCAAGGUGGUUGAUGGCCAAUGGAAUGGGGAAAGGAAACAACAAGUUUCCUCUUAUGAAACCAAAACAGGGUUCUGCAAAGCCUGGUGAUAAGUUGUGGAGUGUCUCUGGUUCUGGUUCUAAGUGGAAAGAGCUUGGGAAAAUGGGAAAGUGGAACACACACGUGCGGAAUCCGAAUGUGAUAAUGCCAAAAUGA